AUGUCACAGGUGAUGUCCAGCCCCCUGCUGGCAGGAGGCCCCGCAGUCGGCUUGGCUUCCUGUGAAGAACCCAGGAGGGCCCUGCACCCAGCACCCAGCCCCGGCCUGCCGCCCCAGUGUCCUUACUACACCACAGAAGGCUGGGGAGCUCAGGCCCUGAUGGCCCCCAUGCCCUGCAAGGAGCCCCCCAGCAGGCUCCAGCAGGCCCCACAGGCUGGAGCCAAAGCCGGCUGCCUCCUGCAGUCCCCUGGGGAGCAGGCCUCGGGAGCCUUGGAGGACCUUGACUCCUACAUUGACUUCUCGCUGGAGAGCCUCAACCAGAUGAUUCUGGAACUGGACCCCACCUUCCAGCUGCUCCCUCCAGGGCCUGGUGGCCCCUGGGCUGAGCCCACCCAGAGCACUACCUCGAGGAGAAAGAAAGAAGAUCCUGAAGCUUUGGAUAUAAAGUACAUCGAGGUGACCUCGACCAGAUCAAGGUGCCACGACGGCCCCCAGAGCUGCUCCAGCCCAUCUGUCACCCCACCCUUGGACUCCCCUGGCUGUGGCGGCCUUCUCCUUUCCAGAGACAUCCCCCGAGAGACUCGGAGCAACAGUGAGAGCCUCAUCUUCUCCGGGAGCCAGGGCAGGGGGCACCAGCGCCCCUCUCCCCCCGCGGGGGUGCCCUCCUCUCAUCCCCCACCCUCUCCCAGCAUCUCCAUCCCUGGAAUGGGAAACAAGGCCUCAGGCCGCCAUGGCUUGGGCUCCCCACUGGUGGCUUCCCCAGCCUUGGAGAAGGGACUGGGGAGCAGGGUCUCCACGCUGUCAGCCAGCCCAGCAUCUGAUGUCAGUUACGUGUUUGGAAGCCAGUCCCUCCUCCGCUCCAGCAUCUCCAGCCAUCAGUCAUCUUCGAAAUCCUUGGAAAGCCCCACCAGCUCUUCCUCCAGCCUCCACAGCCUUGGCCCAGGGUCCUUGUAUACAAGAGCCAGUGACCUCCAGGUCCCCAGCCACCCCACCCCGAGCACUGGCCAGCCCAGAGCAACCCAUUCCUCACCACUGGCCGAGGAACAUGCCAGCAGCUGUCCCCCAUCCAUCACCAACUCCAUGGUGGACAUACCCAUCGUGCUGAUCAACGGCUGCCCAGAACCAGGAUCUCCCCCAUCCCAGAGGACCCCAGGACACCAGGACUUUGUCUGCCCUGGGGCUACUUCUUCCAGCAACCCCUGUCCAGCCACCAGGAGCCACAGCCAGACCCUGCCAGAUGCCCCUCUCACCACAUCCCCAGAGGGUCCUGCCAGGGACAUGCAGCCCACCAUGAAGUUUGUGAUGGACACGUCUAAAUACUGGUUUAAGCGAAGCAUCACCCGAGAGCAAGCCAUCGAGCUGCUCAGGAAGGAAGAGCCGGGGGCUUUCAUCGUGAGGGACAGUUCUUCAUACCGAGGCUCCUUCGGUCUUGCCCUGAAGGUGCAGGAGGCCCCUGCGCCUGCCCAGAACCGAACAGGCGAGGAUAGCAGCGACCUCAUCCGCCACUUCCUCCUCGAGUCUUCUGCCAAAGGGGUGCAUCUCAAAGGAGCCGAUGAAGAGCCCUACUUCGGGAGCCUCUCUGCCUUCGUGUGCCAGCAUUCCAUCAUGGCCCUGGCCCUGCCCUGCAAGCUCGUCAUCCCGAAGAAAGAAUUGGGAGGUGGAGACGGGGCCUCAGACCUCUCUGCAGACGGCCGGGCCUCCUGCCUGAAGAAAUCUGCGGGUUGCCAUGCCCUGUACCUGAGCUCCGUGAGCGUGGAGACCCUGAGCGGAGCCCUGGCUGUGCAAAAGGCCAUCUCAACCACAUUGGAGAGGGAUGUCCUCCCCACACCCACCGUGGUCCACUUCAAAGUCACCGAGCAGGGCAUCACCCUGACUGACAUCCAGAGGAAGGUGUUUUUCCGGCGCCAUUACCCCUUCGCCACCCUCCGCUUCUGUGGCAUGGACCCCAAGCAACGGAAGUGGCAGAAAUACUGCAAGCCCUCCCGGAUCUUUGGGUUUGUGGCCAAGAGCCAGACCGAGUCACAGGAGAAUGUGUGCCACCUCUUUGCGGAGUAUGACACUGUCCAGCCAGCCUCGCAGGUCAUCAGCCUGGUGGGUGCUCUGCUGCAGGAGCCAGAAAGGAUGUAGGGGAGGGAGCUUCCUGUGUGUCUUCCUAGGCACCCCAGUGGGCUUGCUCAGGAUGCCCCCUCCAGCCUGAGCAAGAGGCCUCUUACCACCCUGAUGGACCAAUCCCCUGGACUGGAGGAGAACGGUACCAAGUUGAAACCCUUGAACUCAGUAUGACCUUCAGCGGUGACCUUCAUCCAGACCCCCCCCAACCCGGGCCUCAGUUUCUUUAACCUUAAAGGAGGCCCACAGCAGGAUCAGCUGUUCUUCUCAGACGUCUGUGGGCAUCUUAACAAGCUCCCUGUGAUUCUGAAGCACACCCACAUCUGAGGACCCCCACACGAAAAUAACCUCUGAAGACCCCUGACUCCAUCCUCCUGGACACUCCGGACACAGUAGCCUGAGCUAGAGACCCGUGACCCCUGCUUCAGGCCAAAUGCAGGUACGGGGUCGGGACUCCUGGGCCCUGGUCCAAGGCUGGCCUGAGAGCAGAUGGGUUGCCAGCACUGAGGACCAAAGGAGGGAUGGACUGACUCUCUUUCCCUCCAUAUCUGUUCCUUUCCCCAUUUCCCUGACAGCGUAUGGAGCUGCUAUUCCCAGGGCAAAGCUAGAUCCGCCUGCCCUGGAUUCUUCAGCCAACAUGGCCCUUGUUGCUAGGCAGGUUAACAAGUGUAAACUUGCCCCCAUGGUCAGAGAUGACCCCGCUGUCCUCACGAUCUUGAUGUCUAAUCCCUUCCAUUGCAAAUGAGCAUCAGCUCCAUCUUGUCUUUCAGUUUCUCAUAAGCGACUGUCCCACAACUGCCCUGGUGUUACUUGUGUCACUCACACCUGGGGGUGGCGGCAGCGAGACCUCUGCUCACUCAAGCAGACACAGGAGCUGGCUCUCUCUGGUUCUGCCUCAGCCCCAGUCUUGCUGAGUCCUCUGUGGCGGCAACUGACCUUGUAACCACAUGGGGGCAGCAGAGAGUCAAGAAUGCAAACAGGCAGCCACCCCAAGAGGCUUGGAGAAGCUGGGUGGUCUUUCCCACCCCACCCACACCCCCCUCAACCCUAACCCUAACCCAUUAAGACCCCCAAGAAUCUGGAAUUGUUUGUCUAGCAGACCUGGGGUCCUAAAGAAACCAAACUAUGAGAGUAGAAGAUAAGACUCAGAAAAGAAGCCCGUUUUUGCUCCAUGAGGGACCAGUGCCUGCCCCCGCCCAGCUGGGGGCCCUGCCAGAGAAUCAUUAUCUUUGGCCAAAGUUGGGCCUGAAGGGUUAUUAUUUCAACCCAGAAAACCAAACCGGACUGAAGCGGCCCUGGGCUGGCGGGACUGGCUGAGACCAGCACCCCCAGCCUGUGGUCAGGCACUGCCCCACCCUGGAGACUACGGAAUCCAGACAAGGUUCUCAAGGUCACAGUGCCCACGUUCUCAAGGUCACAGCCUGGGAGCUGGCAGAGAGCACCCCCCCCCAUAUAUCUAUGGGGGCCUUGUAGCUCCCAUCAUGGAAAAUAAAGUGUCUG